UUUAGAUUCUGCAAAUCAAAAUGCCACAGAAACUUUAAAAAGAAGAGAAAUCCCAGGAAGAUGAGGUGGACCAAAGCAUUCCGGAAAGCAGCUGGCAAGGAAUUGACAGUGGAUAAUUCAUUUGAGUUUGAGAAACGCAGAAAUGAGCCAGUGAAAUACCAGAGAGAGUUGUGGAACAAGACUGUUGAUGCAAUGAAGAGAGUGGAGGAAAUAAAGCAAAAACGCCAAGCCAGAUUUAUAAUGAACAGAUUAAAGAAGAGCAAAGAGUUGCAGAAGGCAGAAGACAUCAAAGAAGUCAAACAAAACAUCCACCUUCUUCGUGCUCCCCAUGCAGGCACACCAAAGCAGCUGGAGGAUAAAAUGGUGCAGAAGCUACAAGAGGAUGUGCCUAUGGAAGAAGACUCUUAAAGUGCUUUUAUUUGCUAUUUAUAUUUCUUCAGCAGUUAACAGUUCCUUACUGCCUCACCUGACAUCAUUCAGAACUGUGUUUAGAGCUGGAGAAAAAUACAUUUUAAUGAAUAGUGGUCAUUUACUGUUUGAAUUGUCUUUUGUUUUAUAAGAAAUAAGAUGGAUACUGGUUUGGGCAGUACUUAAAAUUUUGCAAUUUGAGAAAGCUUUGUCAUCUGGAUGGAGAGAGACAUUUGAGAUGCUGUGUGCUCCUUGGAAGGUUAAACUUUCUCUGGGUGACUUCUCCCUGAUAAUUCAAGAAAUAAAAGAUGCUGUCCCUG